GGCCAACGCCAAUCCCCUUACCUUUCACAACAGCCAUUCCCUGGUCCCAACUCCCGGAAUUCGCUUCUGGGUUGUUGCGCAUCGCAGUAGUUCAUUCUCUGAAAUUAGGGUUUGAGGUAUUCCAUGGCAGCGCAGGAAUUGCGAUCUCAGCGAUGAGGGAUCCUGGGUUGUUCGCACUAGUUUGGGCCGACGGGAUCUGGAUGUCUGACAGGAAGGAGACUGGGUAAAAGGGGUGACCACCGAAGCGAGGUGUGUGUGUGCGUUUGUGUGAACUUAGUUUUGGCUUGGUGCCCGGAGUUGUGACGGGAGCCAUGGCGGCCCUUGGCGCUACUAAAUUCUUGGUGCUGGUCGGUGCGGGGCUCAUGGGAUCAGUGAUGGUUAGCAAUAGUAAGCUCGCUGACUUUGUUGGUGAUCUCUCCAAGGUUUUGUCGAAGCAUCUGAAAGAGAACGGACAAAAGGGAGAUGGAGUAGGAAAAGAUGCUGCACUCAGUUUACAGGUUCGGAAACUAACGGAAGAGCUUCGAAAUCUAGCCUCUUCCUCAGGGACAGUCACUGUUGUGCAAUCAGGUUCCGGGUCAGGAACCUCGUUCACGUCAUUCAUCUUGCCAGCUGCUGUUGUAGGGGCUGCAGGUUACAGUUACAUGUGGUGGCGUGGUUUCUCCUUCGGAGAUAUAAUGUAUGUCACAAGGAAGGGCAUGAACAAUGCUGUGACGGGGAUGGGCAAGCAGCUAGAUCAAGUCUCUGCAGCUCUUUCAUCGACAAGGAAACACAUGAAUCAAAGGCUAGAUAGUGUGAGCAGCAAAUUGGAUGAUAGUGUUGUUGUAACAGGGUUGAUUAAGGAUCAAGUGGAAGAGGUGAAAGGCACGGUUGGGAGAAGUAUAUAUGAAAUUGGAAACGUUAAUCGGAAGAUGGAAGAUCUAGGCGUGAAGAUUAGUGAGGUUCAAGAGAGCCAGAAUUUCGCCAAUCAAGGGAUUAUUCUACUGGUUGAGUGGGUGCACCGUCUCAAUCUCGUUGCUCCUGCCAAGAAUCGAGAGCUUGCACAAAGUUUCAACUCAUGGUAUUUGAAGGCUAACAGUAUGGAGAGAUCCGCAUCAUCUUCAACUCUUCUCACUCUUCCAGGCCUAAAGCAGUUAUUUUCAGAAGCCUUGGAACCUACGCCAUUUAAUAACUUCCCUGAGGGUACACCUGUAAGGGACUCUGAUGAAUUUAAAUCACCUGGCUUGAACUUGCCAAGCCCUAGCUUGGGCUUUUCAAGCAAUCAUACUCCAGCGAGGACAAAGUCCGCAUCCAUGGUAUCCAGGUCCUCAUUUGGCCGGUUGUCUUCAGGUCUUUCUUCAUUUGCUGGAUUUUCGGGAAUAGCCUGUUAUCUUGCCUAAUACUUUCCUGUCCUGACAGAAUGUACAUCUUGAAUUAUAGAUUUUGUUUUUUUUUAUUUUUUUUUUUAAUUCAUUCAAAGUUUGCGGGGUAGCUGUUCCCUUUUACCUUCUUUUCCUUAUAACAUAAUUUUAAAAUACGUAAUAGUUUAGUUAUAGAGAAAGAGAUGUUUACAGGAUCAAGGCCAUUUAUGGUUUCUGUCCCUACAGGUCUUGAAAGUAGAUCCAGUAUUGAGUUAAAGGAGAGGACUUUUGCUAAAAUGAUCCCUUACAAUCUAUUUUUAUCUUUACAGAGGAGUUAAGAUAGAAGAGUUUCGGAUAAGAAGGGUGCGGCAAGCAGAAUACUAAAAAAAAUUAGUUUUUUUGUGUGGUACUUUUAUUCCUAGAGUAUUGACCCUUCGUGCUGAGAAGCAUGCGACAAUGGUCUCCUGCAGUUUGUGGAACUUAAAGACACUUGCAAUUGCCCCGAAUUCAAUACAGCGAUGUACCUUUCAGUACUUUGUCAGUGAGAAUCUCCACAUC